AUGAUACUUCAGUUGCGACAGUACUUUGGCGGCAUGUACUGUUUUCUCUCUGAAGAGGAGACAGAAUAUUUGCUGAAGGGCGGAAGUGCUGCACCAAAACAGGGCGGAAGUGCUGCACCAAAACAGAGCGGCAGCGCUGCACCAAAUGGAAGCGCAAGUACUGCACCAGAAAGGAGCGGAAGUGGAGCACAAACGGUCAACUCCUCUGUCGAUAACCCUGGUGUAUGCCCCAUGUCAGCCGUCGACAUUUCGGCGGGAUGUGCCCUUGAAAGUGUCACUUCCUGCAUCGACGAUUCCUCUUGUGCCCUUAACCAAAAAUGUUGUCUCCAAGGCUGCAGUUUUCGAUGCGUGACCAUCACAUCCAUGGCGAGAGCGACAUCCAUGGCAAGAGUGAGGUCUCGUCAGCGUGCGCAGGGGCGAAGUCGAUUCUCAACAUCUAGCACGUCUCUCUUCUGUCCAGCAUCGCCACGCGGUGCCUUUUCGAACGGCUGCGGUGGCAUGAAAUCCUGUACAGCCAACAACGACUGCGAAGGUAAUCAGAGGUGCUGCUAUUUUCCUUGUGGAAAAGUUUGUGUGAAUCCAGUAUCGAUAGUGGGCCUGUCGAACGAAAAAGAAAUGAGAGCCAGAACAGCUACUGCAGCCAACGCCACUGUCAGCGCCAACGCUUCGGCGUCUGCUGGCGCAGCCUCUGCUGGCGCAGCCUCUGCGGCAAAGGACGGCGUUUGCCCUACCAUGGCCACCAACUUCACUGUCGCUGAAGCCGUCGCGUGUUCUGUUGACUCCGAGUGCUCGGGCGCAAUGAAAUGUUGCGCACACGGGAGAGGUUUUGGCUGCAUGGAUCCCAUCACCGUCAUGUCACUUCCAUCCGCAUUGAUGGGCACGAGAAUGCAGGUGCGACACAAUGGGGGGAGCGAGAGAGACGUGCUGCGAUCGCGCGCAGUGUGCCCGAAUGUUGAUUUUGACCCGGGCAUGGCGUGCGGCACGGCGUGCGAAAUGGACAACAACUGUGGGGACUCUCAGCUAUGCUGUCCAGUGGGCAAUUGUCAGGAAUGUGAAAAUCCAGUCAUCAGCCAGGCUUUUGUCAACGCUCGCCCUGGAAUUUGUCCGUCUUUCUCACCGGACAUCGACACGAACUGCGUUGUCGAAUGCAACAUGGACAAUGACUGUGAGGUGGACGGCAUGAAAUGCUGUUCCGUUGGCUGUGCCAAGAAGUGCGUCAACCCCAUUGCGACAAUGGCGCCAACAACCAAAGCUGGAACUUGCCCAGCUAUCCCAGCGGCGCGUUCUGUCCGACACGCCACCGGAAGUCAUAGCUUCAACCGUGCUCGAGGAAGAAACUUUCAUAGCGUACGCACAAAGGUUGCUCCAAAUAACUGCGGUUUUCACAGGUUCAGCAACUGUCGUGUGGACAGCGAUUGUCGUGGAGAUUCGAAAUGCUGCCGAAACAGUUGCGGGGGAAUGAGGUGCAUGUGGCCUGUCUAA